AUGACUAUGGAAGUGCCGCUGAUUAAUGGAACGAACAGUGUGGUGGUGACGGCGUACUCAAGGGAGCAGUACGCCCAGUGCAUGCAAUUCUACUCGGCCAUGCUGCGGCUCGAGACGUUGACCAAGGGCGAGAACGAGACGGUGCUUACGAACAAGGCCGUGUCGGUGCGCGUGAAGUACGAGGAGGACAAGUCACGUGACCAGGAGGCGCGGGAGCGCCGCGAGGCCCUAGCGGCUGCGGCGACAACGCACGACUGGCGCGGGGAGGCGUCGACGGUUGUGUUUUCCACAGUGGAUGUGGCGAAGGUGCGGCAGACGCUCGGCUUGUGCCAGGCGUAUCCGUCGGAACUGGCGCCUCUGGAAGUGUACACCUUGGACCCCCAGGGCAAUGUGGUCGGGUUCACGCAGACGAAAAACGCGAUCUCGACGUUCACAAACGUCCCGAGUGUGGUCGGUCCACGGCACGCUCGCGACUCGAUGACGGUGUCGUCAGCGGGCUCAUCCACAGAUCUGCGUUCGUUCGGACUAGAUACAACUGCGCACUACCCCUCCUUGCCAAAGAAGAGCGUGGCCGGCGACCGCAAGGCCAUUGCGGUAAUGACGUCAGGUGGCGAUGCGCCCGGCAUGAACGCGAACGUGCGCGCGAUAGUUCGCAGCGUCAUUUUCAAGGGAUGUCGUGCAUUCACCGUCAUGGAGGGCUAUGAGGGUCUUGUGCGCGGCGGGCCAGAGUAUAUCAAGGAGUGCAAGUGGGAGGACGUCAGAGGCUGGUCUACCGAAGGCGGUACUAACAUCGGGACUGCGCGUUGCAUGGCGUUCCGUGAACGCAGCGGUAGGCUGCUCGGUGCACAACACCUGAUCGAGGCCGGUGUGGAUGCGUUGAUUGUGUGUGGUGGAGACGGCUCGCUUACUGGUGCCGAUCUAUUCAGGUCUGAGUGGCCCUCCUUGAUACAGGAGCUGCUAGAAACCGGCAAGAUUACACAGGCGCAGUAUGACAGGUACCGCCACCUAAAUAUUUGCGGCACGGUAGGCUCGAUCGACAAUGACAUGUCAACCACGGACGCAACUAUUGGAGCGUACUCCUCGCUGGACCGUAUUUGCCAGGCCAUUGACUACCUUGAGGCAACGGCAAAAUCGCACUCUCGUGCCUUUGUUGUCGAAGUAAUGGGCAGAAACUGUGGUUGGUUGGCUUUGAUGGCAGGUAUUGCCACAAGUGCAGACUACAUCUUGAUUCCAGAAAAGCCCGCCUCCUCCCGGGAGUGGCAAGAUCAGAUGUGCGAUAUUGUAAGCACUCACAGAUCCAGAGGCAAACGGACGACGAUAGUCAUUGUCGCCGAAGGUGCCAUUGCUGCCGAUCUAACCCCUAUUACUCCAAAGGACGUCCACCAGGUGCUUGUAGAUAGACUUGGCCUAGACACCAGAAUUACCACGCUGGGCCAUGUUCAGAGAGGUGGGUCAGCAGUCGCAUUUGACCGUAUUUUGGCUACCUUGCAGGGUGUUGAGGCAGUUAACGCCGUUCUCGAAUCUACUCCAGAUACUCCUUCGCCACUAAUUGUCCUAAAUGAGAACAAAAUUAUGCGUAAGCCGCUAAUGGAAUCGGUCGCAUUGACUAAGUCUGUUGCGGACGCUAUCCAGGCCAAGGACUUCAAGAAAGCUAUGGGUUUGCGUGACCCGGAGUUUGUCGAGCAUUUGAAUAACUUUAUGGCUAUAAACUCCGCAGACCAUGAUGAGCCAAAGCUACGUGGUGAGAAGAGAUUGAACAUUGCUAUUGUUAAUAUUGGUGCCCCAGCUGGUGGUAUCAACUCUGCCGUUUAUUCCAUGGCGAACUACUGUCUGUCGCAAGGCCACAAGCCAUUCGCUAUCUACAAUGGCUGGACUGGUCUAGCUAGACACGAGUCUGUGCGCACGUUGAACUGGAAAGAUAUGCUUGGCUGGCAAUCUCGCGGUGGUUCCGAGUUGGGAACCAACAGAACUGUCCCAGAAGAUGCAGACAUUGGCAUGAUUGCCUACUACUUCCAAAAGUACAAGUUUGACGGCUUGGUUAUUGUUGGUGGGUUCGAGGCCUUCGUCUCCUUGCAUCAAUUGGAGCGGGCCCGUGAGAACUACCCAGCUUUCAGAAUACCAAUGGUACUCAUUCCAGCAACACUUUCGAAUAACGUCCCGGGCACUGAGUAUUCGCUCGGUUCAGACACAGCUCUGAAUGCCCUAAUGGAGUACUGUGAUGUUGUGAAGCAGUCGGCAGCCUCCACAAGAGCGCGGGUCUUUGUCGUCGAUGUCCAGGGUGGUAACUCAGGCUAUCUGGCAACGCAUGCUGCCUUGGCGGUGGGCGCACAGGUUUCCUACGUUCCAGAAGAGGGUAUCUCGCUGGAACAGCUCUCACAAGAUAUUGAGACGCUCCGCGAGUCCUUCGAAAAGGCGCACGGGAAGGGUAAGCACGGUAAACUGAUCCUCAAGUCUACGAACGCCUCGAAGGUGUUUACGACGGCCGUUUUGGCUGAUGUCAUCACAGCUGAGGCUAAGGGUGAUUUUGACGCGAAGUCUGCUGUCCCAGGUCACGUGCAACAGGGCGGCCUACCAUCGCCAAUCGACAGAACCAGAGGAACUCGUCUCGCGGUCCGUGCGAUCGGCUUCAUCGAGGCUAAGCAGGACGUCAUUCGCGAAGCCAGGGAAAAUGAGGAGGCCUUUGACUGCGCCGACAAGGCCGUCUCUCACACCGCCGCCGUCCUCGGCAUCACCGGCUCCCAACUGAAGUUCACCUCCAUCAGGCAACUCUACGACCUGGAAACAGAGUUCUCCAAGCGUAUGCCAAAGGUUAUCCACUGGGAGCCUACCCGCGCGAUUGCGGACCAUUUAGAAGGCCGCAAGAGGGUAACAGUUUAG